CAAUCGAAAACCAAUUAAUUAAUUUUCACGAAGCCAUUUCGUCGAACGCAAAAAUCGGAAAAAUAUUUAAAUUAAAAUUGAAUACUUUACGGUCAUGAUUAGAUAAGUCGCCAGUCUAUUCGGUCGAACUAUGAUGGCAAAGAAAAUGAUUCUCUUCACUAUCAUUCUGCUCACCAUUCUGAAGAGCACUCACCAGCAAAAGGAAACAGUGUGCGCUGGCGUUGAAGAUGGCAAUUUCGUAAGGAACUCACAAUCUUGUCGAUCCUACUAUUACUGUUACGAAGGGAAGCCAGUAGCAAACAGUUGUCCAGCAGACCUAUACUUCAAUGCAGCUCAGCAAAUAUGCGAUGUUAAAGAUCGAGUUGAUUGUACUCAAUGUUCUCCAUUCGGUGUGCAACAAAUACCUCAUCCGCACGAUUGUUCCAAGUAUUACUUGUGUGUAUCGGGAAUUAGAACCAUGCGAGUCUGUGGAAGUGGUUUAUAUUUUGAUCCACGAAUCGGAGAUUGCAAUUUGCAGCGAUUCGUUGAUUGUGCCGCAACUCCUGACUUGUCUUCCGUUUGUACUCCAUUUGCUAGUUAUGGAUUCGUGGUUAUUGGCGACAGAGACGAUUGUUCGAGGUACUACUUUUGUUUGAACGGAAUUGCGUAUCCUGAAAAAUGUGCCCCUAAUUUGUAUUUCAAUCCGGAUGUGGGUUACUGUGAACUUCCUGCCGCUCUUAACUAUUGCCAGGGACCCGGUCCGAUUAUUAUUCCUCCGGCUUACACAACAACUACUACUUCAACUACUACAAUUGCAACGACGACGACAACGACUGUUAAAGCAACAACAUCAUCAGGUGUAACCACAACUACUGUCCGAGGUGGACGAAUUGGCGUAUACUAUAUUGCAAAUUGCAAUCCAUGUCGCGAUAAUCCUGUAGAUCAGAUAACCUUCACCCGUGAUGCAUUCAACUGUGCCCGAUUCUCUAUGUGCAUCGGAAGAUCGCAUUCUGAAAAUUCGUGCAGCGAUGGACUGUAUUUCGAUACGAGAACGAAUACUUGCGCUCUGUCAGAAAAUGUUGAUUGUACUGGUCAAGGCGAAGGCACCACCACCACCACGACUCGAGCGCCAGGAGAUGAGCUCGAGCCUGGACCAGAUGGAUCUUGUGACAAGGACUCAAACUUUGAAGUGAUUGCUUCGCCGUCAUCAUGUGACCGAUACACAAUUUGUACAUGUGGAUACCCAAAUCCCCAAACCUGUCCCCCUGGAUUGAUCUUUGAUGUUGUGUCGCAACAGUGUAACACUCGCGAACAAGGCCUAUGCUUGUUCGAAUCCAUACCACCUUGUCCGGACGAUUACGCAAUUGUGUUUGUAUCAUUGAUAUCAGUGGCAUUUUCUCAACAUGCAACAAUUUGUGAUGAAGCUCGUCGGUACACAUUCGUACCGGAUGUGAGAGAUUGUUCUGCGUGGUUUUUCUGCGGUGACAACGGUCCCGUACGAGGAGUGUGUUCCGACGACCUUUUAUUCAAUCCGGAAACAAGAUUAUGUGAUUUUCCCGAAAAUGUAGACUGCUUCCGGUGUCCAUCAAACGAGGGACUUGAUCACUUUGCAAUGAGUGGUUCGUGCCGGUCGUUUAUUCGGUGCAUCAGUGGUGCUCCAUUCCAAAGUGUUUGUGAAGAUGGACUACAUUUCAACGCAAAUACGGGCCAAUGUGAUUUUCCCGACGCCGUCAAUUGUGGAAGCGGUUUCCAUUGUCCUGCGGAACUUCCAAUUGAUGGGGGAAUAGUUGCUAUGCGAGACAAUUACAACUGUUCAGUUUAUCAUUUAUGCAUAGGACAGCCCGAAGCAGUUAGACAGGAAUGCAAUUCUGAACUACAUUUUGAUUCUGUAACCAAUUUGUGCACAUUCCCGGAAUUGACAUUCUGUCCAAUUAGACAAAAUCCAGAUGGUCCCGGUCUUGGUCCAGGCAAUCCUGACUCUGAUUCAACGACAGCCGUGCCUACUGUCACAACCGAAAUGCCAACAGAGCCAACGACAGAAACGACAACACCGGAACCACCAACAACUCCACCAAUAUUCGAAUGUCCAUUCGAUGGAGUACACCCACAUCCCACAGAAUGUGAAGAAUAUUUCAUUUGCGCUGCCAAUACUCCCCAUCUCAUGAGGUGUGCUGAUGGAUUACAUUUUAAUGCUGCCACUUUACAAUGUGAUUUCCCCGAAAAUGCUCGAUGUGAUCUGUAUAGCAAUUUAAUCUAAUUAACUAAAAUUAAUCUCGAUUUAUCGUUAGAAAUUAGAUGUAACAUAUUUACCAGUGAAGCAUUUUGUUAAAUAAAUAUUUAUUACAAUUA